ACUUACACUUAUAUAUACUUAUAUAUAUGUAAUGUUUGUUUGUUCUUAUAUUGUAUCAUAUUUUAUAUUUUUAAAAGACUAGUAAUUCUGCUUGAUCAGAGAAAUUUAUUACUUUUGUGUAUUUAAAUGGUUUUUCACAAUUUGUGGAAACCUUAGUUUUUUGAACUUCUUAGAUUACUUAUUAUAGAUUGUAUAUACGUGUAUUGUUCCACAAUUCUUGUGAUAUUUAUUCUGAUAUAGCCGCAUUACUAGUCUUUAAAGCAAUUAUUGAAAGAUAACCAGAUUGGGAUUUGCUUUGAAGAAAAGAAAAUGAGAAAAAAUUCCACAGAUCACAAUUACUUCAAAAUCAUUAUUACCUUGGUUCACCUUUGUCUUACUUUUUUUUUUUUUAAGUAACUCCUUUUUCUUUUUUUUUUCCGAGAAUCAACAAUCAUCAUUUUCAAGCUUUAAAAAAUCAUAUUUAUUGAGGGAUCCAAGAGAAACUACUUGUAAAUAUAUGGAAUCAUAAUCCUCCAGUGCGAGUACCCUGGCUUCUGAUUCCCAGCAGCUUUUUCUUAUUGCUUCAAUAAACUGCUCAUCAAGACAAAAAAAAACAAUUAUGGCAAAUUUAUAUCGAAAUGACUGUUACAUUAUGAAUUUGAUUGUGAAAAUCCGAGGUUGUCCAGGAGCUGGUUUGGAAGCGGUAUUAAUAUAACAGAUAAUUUAGCAAAGCGGGUUCAAACCAGAGCCUUGACAAUAGGCGGUUGAAAAGAAAUUACGUUAAUUUUAUUUUUUGUCUCCGUUGUCGAAAUCAGUGUUGUAUAAUAGAACUUUUUAUAUCAAAUUUCAUCCAUUAGCAUUCACUAAAACUUUACUUCAUAUUUAUUUUCUUAAAAACGUACCAGGAGUGGGCUAUAACUAGUGUGUCUUUCUGCCCAUGCCAAAGCCAGCUCUUGGUAAACCAAAAACACAGGAUGUUGGUUUCAUAAUACUGGAUCAUCUCUUUUUAUUGUUAAAGAUGACAGGAAAUAGUGAAACCAGGAUAUUUAUCUAGCAAAGAUGAAAGAGCAUCCUCUGGGUUUGUGAUUGUGGAUUCACUGUAUAUAAUAAGCACUAUUCCAUUGAAAUCCUUUGUGAUCCAUCACCACCUGAUUUUACAUAUCCUGUUAAUGUAAGUUAAUAAGCCAAGUAUUAAAAAGUGUCUGUGGAAUGAUGUUGUCUGUCUAUAAGGAAGAUUUUUGUCUGUUAAAUUUACAACUUAUUUUUUAAAAAAAUUCUGAAUUCUAUGCAACACUUCAACUUCAGAGAAUGCUCUCUCUCUGAUUAAAAAUAUCAAACGAUUUAGUCUUUAAAAAAAGGUUCAAAGAUUGAGAAAUUCAAUUUUUGUCACGGAAGGUCACGAAUUUUACGCACUCUUCAAAGAACUUACACGGUGACAUUCAAUUGUCUAACGCUAUCGGUCGAAUCUACGAUCACAAAAAUGUAAUUGUGACAGUCGGGAAGAUGUUUCAAAAUAACACACCUUAACCAAAGCGACAUCAACAUUUUGGCCUUGGCGCUCGUGAUUUUAUUAAUGCCGCGGUCACGUGAGCGGAAUGUCAACGUCUCGGUGACGCUGGGUAAAAUUCAAAGGAGAAAACAAGUAGAAACGUCAUGGUAGUUCUGUGGGAAAAAUAUAGGAAAGAAAUCAGCCACACAACAAAUCGGUCGACACAUUCAAGGUUAGAACAGGUCGUUCACACCGACGUCACUUGACUUCUUUCCCUAACCUACCAGAGGGGAUUUUAAGACAUUACUCACACAAACAAUAGCGUUCAAGGUUAGUCAUCGCGAAAGCAUCGAGAUACCGGGCCACCAUAGUUGCAUCCAUCGAAAACUCGGCAUAAUCGACGUCAUUAAGACCCCAGCCGGGUUAGCAUCCAAGUGUUUUUACAUUAGCGAAAGUGGUAUCGGUGCCUUUUGUCGAGUUUGGACGACCGGACCUUCGAGGUGGCGUCACUGCAAUCACGUGUUUCGUAUGCACAAAGCCCCGGGCUUCGCCGACACAUGGGUCUCGGUUCCCCAAACUGGGGAGUACUGUUCCUGACCGUUGCUUAUGCAACUACUCGUUGCUCAUAGUGGAAAAUGACUAGAUCUGUACUCUUGCUCUUCUCCUAUAUCGCCGCUGUUUGGACGUUUGAACAUUUUAGCAGGCUUAUUGAAGAUUCUAUCCAACCGUUAUCGUGCAGAAACAAUCAAACAAAAGAGGAGGGCAUUUGCAUGUUUGCUUGGAGUUGUCACAGAGCUAAUGGUACUCAUCUAACCUACUGUUUGGAUAGGUUUUACUUUGGUAGCUGUUGCAAGUUACCCGUUAAUUCACCUUUGCCUACUUUCACAACAAUGAAGAACUCCAUACAAGAGGAUGACAUAUAUCCUCACAAACCCGUUUUAGACCACACGGAAGAAGAAACUGUUAAAUAUACCACCCAAGACAGGAAAACAACCGUCGCGAUCAAAUCUACCACAAAAACUUUCCUCAAACCCACCAAAUUCCCUCCGGGUUUGAGUACGUGGCGUCCAGACGAAAUCACAGAGAGACCGAUACACACAACUAAUCCAACUAAAUCCGAUUUGACUUCUAGAAAACCAGUGUUGGCCACUAAUCCUACUAAGUCUGAAGAUGCUACCUCUACCAGAAAGCCAUCUACUACGUUGAAAUCUGAUGAAACCACUAUAGGAAACCUAACUGAAACAUCAGUCAUCGAAGCCACUUCUACUGUUAAUUACAAUUCUACCAUCCAAGACGUUAUAGUUACACAAAAUUCCACAAUUAUGUUUACUAGAAACGAUACACUAUCGAGCGAUAGCACGAUAUCUGAAACAACAAUUACCACUAUCUCUUACGAUGUUUUUAAUUUUACAACAAAUUCUGGUGUUGAAAAAACAACAGUUCAAGACAAUGCUAACACGACGGAGUACAAUAACACUACGACAAGUUAUACAGAGGAAACCUCCUCCCAAGAUGGCAAUUUUACUACAAAAAAUGAUAUACAAAUCACCGAUGUGGAUAAUGAGAUAAACAGUGAUCGCUUCACAGAAGAUCACAAUAUUAUAACAACAAUUAGCGAAAUUCAUCCAGAAACAACAACAACAACAACUUCAUUUUCUAGUGGAGGAUACCAAACAGAUUUCAGGAAAGUUUGUGGAAGACCAAAUCCUAUAAAAACUCCCAAAGGUCGAAUUGUUGGAGGAUCUACAGCGGAGUUUGGAGAAUGGCCUUGGGUUAUAUCCCUUCGACAAUGGAAGAAAAAUACAUUUUUACAUAAGUGUGGUGCUGCGCUUCUUAAUGAAUUUUGGGCCAUCACAGCCGCUCAUUGUGUUGAAGGUGUUCCUACCACAGACAUACUCUUGAGAUUAGGAGAAUAUGAUUUGAGCACGGAAGAAGAAUAUCUACCCUAUGUAGAAAGGAGAGUUCAAUUGAUUGCUUCUCAUCCAAAAUUUGACAGGAGGACUUUCGAAUACGAUUUAGCACUAUUGAGAUUUUAUGAACCGGUUCCUUUCCAACAGAAUAUAUUGCCAAUUUGUGUGCCAACGGGAAACUCCACUUACAUUGGAGAAUUUGCUACUGUAGCUGGAUGGGGAAGGCUUUAUGAAGAUGGUCCACUUCCAGAAAAGUUACAAGAAGUAGAAGUUCCUAUCGUUGCCAACAAAGAGUGCGAAGAUAUGUAUAGGAAAGCUGGAUAUGUGGAAGACAUUCCAGAUAUCUUCAUAUGUGCUGGAUUAGCCAAAGGGGGGAGAGAUUCUUGUGAAGGAGAUUCCGGAGGACCCUUGGUGAUUAAAGAGGAUGAUGGACGUUGGGUUCUAGCGGGUAUCAUCUCGUGGGGUAUAGGUUGUGCCUUACCGAAUCAGCCGGGAGUUUAUACAAGAAUAACAAAAUUUUCGGAUUGGAUCAAUCAAAUAAUAAUAUUUUUUGAAGAUUCUAUCCAACCGUUAUCGUGCAGAAACAAUCAAACAAAAGAGGAGGGCAUUUGCAUGUUUGCUUGGAGUUGUCACAGAGCUAAUGGUACUCAUCUAACCUACUGUUUGGAUAGGUUUUACUUUGGUAGCUGUUGCAAGUUACCCGUUAAUUCACCUUUGCCUACUUUCACAACAAUGAAGAACUCCAUACAAGAGGAUGACAUAUAUCCUCACAAACCCGUUUUAGACCACACGGAAGAAGAAACUGUUAAAUAUACCACCCAAGACAGGAAAACAACCGUCGCGAUCAAAUCUACCACAAAAACUUUCCUCAAACCCACCAAAUUCCCUCCGGGUUUGAGUACGUGGCGUCCAGACGAAAUCACAGAGAGACCGAUACACACAACUAAUCCAACUAAAUCCGAUUUGACUUCUAGAAAACCAGUGUUGGCCACUAAUCCUACUAAGUCUGAAGAUGCUACCUCUACCAGAAAGCCAUCUACUACGUUGAAANUUUAUUUACAAUAUCAAAUGGGAAGUUGCUAUUUAACGUCUUCAAAUACUCUUCGAUUCCUUAUUUUAACAGUUGUUGCAAUAAGAAGCAUCGCGGAAGAUAGUGAAUCACAAAGGAGCCUGAAGAUAUCAGGUAAAAGUUGUAAAGAUGCACUUGGUCAACAGGGUGUUUGCGUCUUUAAAUGGGAAUGUAUUAUUAAAGAUGGGAUACUUUUAUCAACAUGUACGGACGGAUUUCUUUUCGGAACCUGUUGUAAGUUCCUAAAUAAUGCUACGGCAUCGCCGGUUCCUUCCUACUUUCGUCCUCAAAAUUAUUUGGAUGAUCAAAGACCGACUCAAUUCGUUCACAAAACGUCACCCUUCGUCAAGUUCACCUAUGAUUCUUAUAGAACCACGCCCUAUCCUAAAUUUGUAACGUGGACGGGAUCUAGUCCUUAUUAUUACAGUAAAUGGUACAUGCCUUAUCAUAAGUAUACACCGAGUUAUAUAGGUACCACGCCUUUUCGAAAAACUUUCUCCAGUAGCAAGUACAAAAACCCUACCACCGUUUUUGGCACAGUUGGGAUAAAACGGCAACCUCCAACGCUCCAUCCUUUCAAAAAUGGCUUUAUCGAUACUAACAAGACUGCCGUUAUAUCUUCUAAUUAUAUACUCAUUAUUGAUAAGGAUUCAAUCGAAACGAAUAAUGAAACGACAGAACUGUCUGAUGCAUUGACAAAUUUUACGAGUUCCAUUAGCAAUAUUAGUAAUAUUAAUGCAUCCAAUGAGAUAUCUAGAAUAGAUACAGCGAUAUCUUCUAAUCAUACAUCCAGGAUAGAGAAUACUACAACGGAAAGCUUCGAACAAAUCGAACUAACAAUAGAAACAACAACAGAAACAGCGACUGAAACCAUUCUAACGAAUAUAAGCAUUGACGAUUCUACUGAAACAAGCGAAACUGAGCAAUAUCUUUCCAAUAAAACAACAGAAACUGAGCAAUACCUUUCCAAUAAAACAACAGAAACUGAAACUUUACCACUCAAAAUAACCGAAACUGAAACACCUACUAAAAUAACUGAAACUGGAACAUAUUCCUCCAACACAACUGUCGAUAUUCUAGAACAAACAUCGAUUCCAACUAGCGAAAUUUCAUCCACAGCAACGAGUCUAUCUUCGGUUAUCGACAGUUUAAUAUCGACAAUAGCUACUACAUCUCCUAUUACUACAAUUGGACACCCUUCUAUAGAAAGUAACGUUAUAGAAAGCGUUAAAACAGAAAAGCCCAUUGUUUGGAACUAUAAAAAACAAUGUGGAGUAAGGCCAUUAAAACCUCACGGGAGGAUUGUUGGCGGUUUAGAUACAUAUUUUGGAAAAUGGCCGUGGCAAGCUCUAGUUAAAGAAGCUACGUGGUUAGGAAUUUUUAUUAAGAAUAAAUGUGGUGGGGUACUUAUUAAUAACAGAUACGUGUUGACUGCUGCACAUUGUCAACCCGGAUUUUUAUCAUCUUUGAUCGUAAUUUUGGGAGAAUAUGACCUGAGUGGUGAUUUCGAAUCAUUGAAACCAGUCACCAGAAACGUCAAGAAGAUGAUCGUGCAUAGGGAUUACAAUUCUCAAACGUUCGAAAAUGAUUUGGCACUACUACAAAUGGAUCAACCAGUUGAAUUUCAGCCUCAUAUAGUUGCUAUCUGCCUUCCAAACGAUAAAGAAGAUUUUACAGGGAAAAUAGCCCACGUUUCUGGAUGGGGGAAGCUUUCUCAUGGUGGUUCAAUUCCGAACGUUUUGCAAGAAGUACACGUUCCUAUCGUGAGUAACAGUAAAUGCCAGAAAAUGUUUUUAUCUGCUGGCCACAUAAAAGCUAUUCGUGAUACGUUUAUCUGCGCUGGAUACGAAGACGGUGGUCAAGAUUCUUGUGAAGGUGAUUCAGGAGGACCGUUGAUGAUUCAAAGAGAAAAUGGAUUAUGGGUUCUAGUUGGUACCGUUUCUCAUGGGAUUAGAUGUGCAGAUCCGAAUUUACCAGGAGUUUAUAUGAGAAUGACAUCUUACAAGACAUGGAUCAAAACUGUUAUCGAAAAUGCAUAA